AUGAAGAUUAAGCAGGAAUCGACUACAUGUAGUUCAAGUGGAAAAGACCUGGAAGAUUUACUAUUGAAAACUCAAGACGGUCUAGUACUACUACGCGAGUUACCCAAUCGACGAGACCAACAAUGGAAAGAGUCGACAAAGCAUCCAACAUGGCUACAGACUCUCGUUUCGAAGCUGUCACUACUGAACGUGCAAGUGGCAACUACUGCUCAUUGCGCAGUGAAAAGAUCGGAAUUUUCUGCUAACGCUAUUGACUUUGUACACGUCCAGGAUGUGAACUUGCUGCUCCAAUUCAACUACUUGAAACAUCAACAGUCCGUUGCUAUGGAGAGAUUCUUCAUCCGUCUCAAGUGGCUGCCUGUAAGUCAUCGCUUCCAUCUUCGACAACGUAUGCUGGCGCUUACCCACCAGCAGAAAAUGAAAAAUACUCCUCGACCUAACGUAUCGACGGCUUGA